AUGUUUUCAGACAAAAUUCCACCAUCAUCAUCGAAAAGUCCCAAUCCAUCGUCAUCGUUCAAACCUAAACCACAACCGCCCAGAGAAUAUGUCCAGAUGCGAAAUGAUAGGUUCCAGGAGAACAGGCAAAUUCUAAGGGAUGGUCUGACGCCGACGGAAAGAGUGAGAUCGCAACAGCAGUUUGGAACAAAACAAAAAUUAAAAGAAAUAAACCCUACAAAUAAACCAUAG